AUGUUUGCAAAGAAGAAGCCUCGAUCCCAGGGAGCUGCUGCAGCCAAACAGAUGGGUCUGUUGAUAGACCUGGACCCUGAGGAGAUGAUGAUGGGGAUUGAGGAGAAUCUGGAUGAUCCGGCCUUGGAGGCUGAACUUGCUGCGAUCACUGGGAGCAAAGCUGCUGCUGUUGGAGGAAAAGACAGGCAGAAGGCAAAGCGACCAUUGCCCAUGGAAGACAUUGCAAAAAUGGCUGACGAGUGCUUGAGAGAUGAAGAUGAGGAUGAAGAUGAUGAUGGCCUUGAAGAAGAUGAAGAUCUGUUGGCAGAGCUGCAGGAAGUAGUGGGUGAUGGGGAGGCUGAUGAGGCUGAAAAUUGUUUCCCCACAUCCUCUGCCACUGCUGAAUCUUCUCCAGCUGAAACACCAGAAUCUGCACCACCACAGCGGAAGGAUGCAAAAGUUCAUCCUGCCCCUGGCAGCCUCCAACAAACCCUACAGGAAAGGAUAGUCAUGUACAAAAUGGCUUCACAAAAUGCCAAGACUGCAGGGGAGACCUCCAAAGCCCGGAGAUAUGACAGAGGCCUGAAGACCCUGGAGACCAUGUUGGGUGCUGUGAACAAAGGCCGGCCUGUGAACGAAGCAGAGAUCCCCCCACCUGUCAUCACUGGAGCUCCCAGUGUGGCCUCUGGUCCCCCUGUUCCUCCCCGACCUUCUCCACCUGCACCCUCGCCUUCUGAGCCUGCUCCUUCAGAUCACCCAGGGGAAUCUGAAGCCACGUUGUCACCCGCUGUACCGGAAAUCAUUGAACCCAGCCAGGAAGAGGAGCAUAUGUCCUCCUCUGCCCCGCCCUGUCACAGUGGCACCCCCUCUUCAGAAGAGCACAAGGAGGAACCUGCUGGUCUGACACAUAUCAGUCCAACAGUUGUAAGUGACUCAACGAAGACAAUGCUGCUUGAGAGGCAGAAAGAAUACAAGCUGGCAGCUCUCAGAGCCAAGAAGCAAGGCGAUGUGGAGCAAGCUAAGCUUUACUACAGGAUGAGCAAAAGGUUUGAUGCAGUGAUUGAGGCUCUGGAGAAAGGACAAGCUGUUGAUCUAAGUGACCUUCCUCCAUCUCCAGCACAAGAAGGAAGUUCUGGGCCAGUAAAGGAGGAUUCCUCUGAGCAAAACACACAGAAACAACCGAUUGCAGCAGCUCCAGCCUCCACUGUCCCAUCUGCCCCCAAGGAUGUGCUGGAGGCUCUCGAGCAGAGACGAGCCAAAUACGUGGAGGCUUCCACUCAGGCCAAAGCCAGCGGAGAUGACCGCAAGGCUCGAAUGCACGACCGCAUCGCCAAGCAAUACCAGAGUGCAAUCCGAGUUCACAAAGCAGGAAAAGCUGUCAACUUUGAGGAGCUCCCUGUUCCUCCUGGCUUUCCCCCAAUCCCUGGACAGAAAGCCACUGGAGCUGAGCAGGGAUUGGUUGCUGCUCUGGAGACGGCCAAUAAGCUUGUCUCUACUGAUGCUGCUGAAAUAGCGGAUGAAGAUGAUAAUGAUGAUGUGACAAAAGAAGAAGAGCUGUUGCAGACUAAGCCUCCUGUUCCCGAUGAGCCAAAAAAGCCCCUGUUAGAUGCUUCCACCAAAACUCAAGGAGUAAAAAAGUCUCCAUCUUCUUCAGAUGACAGGAAAUCCAUCAGCAAAGAUCUCUCACCAACAGCGGGUAAGGAGUUGGGAUUCCUGGAGGGCCGCAGGAAGCAGUACAUGAAGGCAGCUCUGCAGGCCAAGCAGAAAAAUGACAUGGAGCAGGCCAAGUUGUUCCUCCGAACCGCCAAGGGCUUUGAUCCCAUGAUUGAGGCAGCGCGCAGUGGCAAGGCUGUGGACAUCAGCAAGGUGCCGUCACCCCCUGGUGAUGAAGAUGAGGACUUCAUCCUGGUGCACCACAGUGACGUGCAGCUGUCUGAGAGAGCUGAGCAGGUUUACACACAACUGGCUAAGAUGCUCAAAGAGCAGCAAGAGAAAUGCUUGACUUACUCCAAGCAAUUCACACACCUGGGGAACAUUAAAGAGACAACAAAGUUUGAGAAGAUGGCAGAAAGCUGUAAGAGUCUGGAGGUGCUGAAGCUGGCUCAGGCAAGGGGAUUGGCUCCUCCCAAACACCACUUUGAAGAGAAGUAUCACACUGUCAGGAUUUUCCCGGAGCUGAGCAGUACAGAGAUGGUUGUUGUUAUUGUCAAAGGAAUGAAUCUUCCUGCUCCCAGUGGGAUCCAAACAAACGACCUGGAUGCAUACAUAAAGUUUGACUUCCCCUACCCCAGUGCGGAGCAAUCGCAGAGACACAAAACUGCUGUCAUCAAGAACACCAACUCCCCAGAAUACAACCAGAAAUUCACCUUGUCAGUCAACCGUAACCACCCGCGGCUUCAGGCGGGUGGUUAAUUCCAAAGCCUCAAACUGGAGCUGCUACACAAAGGUGGAUUCUUGCGGAGCGACAAGCCGAUCGGGACGGCCACAGUGAAGCUGGACAAACUGGAGUCACAGAGCGAAAUCAGGGAGAUCGUGGAGGUGAUGGAUGGUCGCAAACCCACAGGCGGUCGUGUUGAGGUGAAGGUCCGACUGCGGGAACCCCUGAGUGGACAAGACCUGCAGACGAGCACAGAACGCUGGCUGGUGCUCGACCAGGCUCAGGUUCACCUUUAGGUGUUGGUGCAAGGUUAAAGCUCACAGGGUGCAGCACUCAAUCAGAAAAUAUCUGAGUGGAGAUUGAACACUGAAGACGUGGGUUUGACACUUGAUGAGGACAGGCCGGCACAUUCUGGCUGUCUGGUGCAGACUACAAUGACCUUUGACCUCUAAAAAUUUUUUGCACAUUGAAGACACAUGCCUGCUUUGACACAGGCAUCCACCAGGAGGUGAUGUAGAGCCACUUCAGUAGGUCAGAAAGAACGCAGAUUAUAGCGUGAUACAGGAGGCAGAUUUGCCUGCAACAAGCGACGGCUUCCCGUGGGACUCCCAAGAGGAAACUACUCAGGCGGCCAUUGUUGUUGCCCCGUGCGUCACUGCCAGACGAGGCAUCCACUGACGUCAGAGGAGUCCAGCGUUGAAGCUGCUGCCCGACUUACAGUCGCACACACGAAUACCAAAGUCAUCACUGUUGCUGUUAAAGUCCUGCAUCUUUGAACUGCUGCCAAACUGGUUACAUUAGAUUAAUAUGUGUGACGUUUCGGGUUCAUUAUUCUCGUGUCAUUAGGACUGCUGGGGGACCUCCCCCCAUUUAAGGUACGACUGUUCAAAAUUAUUUUUACUUUAAUGCGCGCACCAGCUGUGGUGAUGAAACAGUCUAAAAACCUUUCCUUGGUUUUGUUUUGUGUUUACACUGAAUCACAAGUCUGUGCAUGUCAAACUCACCGAUGUUGGUGGUUUUACUUAUUUUUUUGCUUUAGGGAGAGAAAUCCAUCACUGCACAGGUGAAUUUGUUUCUGAAAUUUUAAGCAUUUCAACUGCAGUAGCCUUUUCAGCUAAACGUGUGCUAUAUUAUAGUUAUAUUUAUAUAUUUUACAUUAAAUACUAUGCAUCAGCUAUCUAGUGUGUGUUAAUGGUAAAUUCACCUUAAAUACAAAUUGCCUCCUGUUGCAGAAUAACUAACUAGUUGAUAGUUUUUUUUGUACUGAGGUUUUGUGGCUGCAUCACGUCUUUGUAGAAACGUCGUGCCUCAGCAUCAAAAUGAUCGACAUGAUGGCUGGACGCAACUGGAGAUGAGUCACUUUUUGUAAUUAACUUGUCCUUUAACAUAGUGGAGCAUUUUACCAAAUGAUGUACAAGGAAGCCAUCAGCAUUCUGAGCCAAUCAAAUCUCAACAGGUUUACCUCAAACAUUGCAACUUUAGUGUCCCAAACUUACCAUGGUUCCAACAUUUCCAUGUUUUUCUACCUAUUUUAUCCAGUUUUUUGUUUUUAAGUCAGUGAAACACGAGGCAGUUUAAUAUUACAACAGUGUUUUAGGGCCACAUUGAGAGCUGAAAUCAGCAGUCUGCAGGGUUAUCUCUUCUCGUAUAAAUACAACUUUCUCAUAAUAUUACGACUUUAUUCUCGAAGUCUGCAGUUCUCAAACUCCGUCAUAUAAUAUAAAGUUACCCACUGAUUUUUUUUUUUUUUUUUUCCCCCCCCCUGAAUGAUUUGUUUAUAAACCUCAAUGUCACAGUGUAAUUGGGUGAUUCUUUAACUACGGGCACUAUUGGCCUUGUAAAUGUAAUUUCCACCACACCAUUGCCUUAGAAUAUAAAGCGCCUUGGGGCAACUGUUUGUGAUUUGGCC